AUAUGUUUCACAUGUGUACUACACGACUCUUCCAUUAAGACCCAAAGUCACGAGUAGACCUUUGCACAAACCGCAACCCAUCGCCACCGUUCUUCGGCAGAAUCUAAUCGCCGAACAGCCAUGAACACCAUGCAACGAAGUGGAUCAGGUUCGUUACAGAGCCCUAGAUCCCCAUCUUCACAAGCACCGUUUUUAUCAGUAUCAGUUACGGAUCCAGCUAAAAUGGGUAAUGGAGUUCAAGCUUAUAUCUCCUACAAAGUCAUCACUAAGACAAAUUUGCCAGAGUACCAAGGGAAUGAAAAGAUUGUGAUUCGACGUUAUAGUGAUUUUGUAUGGUUACACGAUCGUCUUUUUGAGAAAUACAAGGGCAUUUUUAUUCCUCCACUUCCAGAGAAGAGCACAGUAGAAAAGUUCAGAUUUAGUGCAGAAUUUAUUGAAAUGAGGCGCCAAGCUCUGGAUGUGUUUGUAAACAGAAUAGCUUCACAUCAUGAACUUCGGCAAAGUGACGAUUUGAGAAUCUUUUUGCAGGCUGAUGAGCAGACAAUGGACAGAGCAAGGUUCCAGGAGACCGGUAUUUUCAAGAAAAAGCCUGCAGAUUUGAUCCAAAUCUUUAAGGAUGUCCAAUCUAAAGUGAGCGAUGUCGUUCUUGGGAAGGAAAAACCAGUUGAAGAAUCAACCCCAGAAUAUGAGAAGAUGAAGAACUACAUCUUUGAGCUUGAGGACCAUUUAGCUGAGGCUCAAAAACAUGCAUAUCGUCUUGUCAGGAGACACAGAGAAUUGGGCGAGUCUCUCUCAGAAUUUGGAAAGGCGGUCAAGCUUCUUGGUACUUGUGAUGAUGAUGCCCUUGGCAAAGCAUUUUCAGAACUUGGGGCGAAGGCUGAGAUAAUAUCAAUUAAGCUGCAGAAAGAGGCCCACCACCUUUUAAUGAACUUCGAAGAACCUUUGAAGGAUUAUGUUCGAGCUGUGCAAUCUAUUAAGGCUACGAUAGCAGAGAGAGCAACCGCAUUCAAGAAACAGUGUGAACUGGCCGAGACAAUUAAGUUUAAGGAAAUUGAUUUAAAUAAAUACAGGCUGACACGAUCAGAGAAGUUGGCUGAGGCUGAGCGCGAGUAUGAAAUGCUUAAGGCUGAAGGGGAAGAAACAUCGAGAAGAUUUGAUACGAUAGUGAGGCUUAUGAACGAAGAGAUUGCCCGAUUUCAAGAACAGAAGACGUCGGAUAUGGGACUUGCUUUCCAUGAAUUUGCCAAGGGACAGGCACGGCUAUCUAAUGGCAUAGCAGAUGCAUGGCGAAGUCUUCUUCCCAAGCUUGAAGCUCACUCUUCAUAAUAAUUUUACAACAAUAUGAAGACGGACUUCAGCACAAUCUGCUCUCGACGU